ACUCUCUCCUUCUCUCCCUGCUCAUAUGCUCACGAAAACAUCGACACACCGAAGCCGGUGGCGUUUCAACAGAAAGCGCCGUGCGCUCCAGCGGAGACCGUCCCCGGCGCUAGGACCCGGCGCUAGGAGCCAUUGCCGGGAGGUGGAGACCGUGAGCCAGACAAUGGAAGAGGGAACAGGAAUGAAAACGCGAUGAAUGAAAAUCCGAAUCGCAGAACAACACGGGGAUUAACAACAAAGCACCGCGGCUACUGGGGAGACUAACAGGGAGAGAGAAAAACACUGCCCGACCACAAGGAGCUGGGGAGGAAAGGGGAAAAUUGAGAAAACUGUGAUUUUAACAGAGCACGGAUCGCAGUUGACAUGAAUGACCAGAGCGUCCGUGAAUUAGUUUGUUCGUUGACCUUCCUGAAUUAAAACAACAACAACAGCAGCAGCAACAACAUAUAUUAUCGUUGUUAUUCUGCCACCGCCGCGCAUUCAUUGAAACUGAGCGAAUGCACACUGUGACGGGGACCUGGGCGGCCGAGGUGGUGACAGCGAGUGACCCCAGCGCAGAGCAGGCGAGGUGAAGGCAGGGGCUACACCGGGUCGCCAGGAGGCUGGGCUGCCGGAGCCCUGCUCGACGGGCUGACAGCUCCUCUCCGCCACGGUGCUGGGAAGGGGUUCGAGCACCGCCCGAGAAGGGGAUCGGGGCGGGAAGGUAGCAGUCCCGGUCCAUGAGCGAGCUGGGGGCAGCCUGGCACACCUGCGAUUGGACCCGCCACACCAACCCCCCAGUCCAGCCAGACCGCCGGGGCAAGUGGGGUGGUGCACUUCAGAGAAGAGAGACCCUUCGUGGAACAACCUUCAUGAACACCGAUGUCAACCUGUCUUCACGCCUCUGACAUGACAGUCAAGGCUGCCGAAAAGUAUUAAUAAUACGCAUCAAUCAAUGCAAGUGCAUCUUACAGUAUAGUGGUGGUCGAAGAUUUGGUUUUGCAUCCUUUGCUGUUUGUAAACGGGACUCGACCUAUUGAAAUAUUUUGUUUUGGGGGGAGUGGAGGACUCGGUAACACUGCUACGGUCGGAGACUCCAGUAGGUCGCUCGUUGAAGAGCUGUGCUCGCGUCCGCGUUAUUGCCGGGAACUGAAGCGUCAAUCCGGGAGCUCCGGGCACAGCGCUCAAGGAGGUGCGCUCACAGCGGCGGCGUGGAUGCAGGACCAUGGGGGAGAGAGACAGGUCGCCGGCAGUGCGAAGAUGAGCCUGUCUCCAGGAGGAGGGGGGUGCGGCGGGGGGUCUCCGACGGGCAAGGUGGGGUGCUGCGGAGUGCCCAUCGAGGACAUGCAGGCCCUCGCCAUCACCUCGCUGCCGGCCGCCGACAUCCACAAGCACUACGAGCACAUCCGUGAGCUGGGCAAGGGCACGUAUGGAAAGGUGGACCUGGUGGCACACCGCACGCAAGGAACCAAGCUGGCUCUGAAGUUCGUCAACAAGAACAAGACAAAACUGAAGAGCUUCCUGAGGGAGUACAGCAUCACCAGCAGCCUGAGCUCCAGCCCCUUUGUCAUCAAGGUGCUGGACGUGCUCUUCGAGACCGAGGAGAGCUACGUUUUCGGGCAGGAGUACGCCCCUGCCGGGGACCUCUUCGAUAUCAUCCCCCCGCAGGUGGGCUUGCCAGAAGAGAUGGUAAAGAGGUGCAUCCAGCAGCUGGGCUUGGCUUUGGACUUCCUGCACAGCAAGAGUCUGGUGCACCGUGACGUCAAGCCCGAGAACGUGCUGCUGCUCGACCGCGAGUGUCGGCGGGUCAAGCUGGCCGACUUUGGCAUGACGCGGCGGGUGGGCUGCCGGGUGAAGCGCAUCAGCGGCACCAUCCCUUACACCGCGCCCGAAGUGUGCCAGGCCAGCCGCACCGAGGGCUUCGUGGUGGACUGCAGCCUGGACGUCUGGGCCUUCGGAGUGCUCAUCUUCUGCAUGCUGACCGGCAACUUCCCCUGGGAGGCGGCCCUGCCCUCGGAUGCUUUCUACGAGGAGUUCUGGCGCUGGCAGAAAGGCCCGUGCCGGCCGGGCGUCUUUCCGUCUCAGUGGCGCCGUUUCACCGAUGACGCCCUGCGCAUGUUCCAGCGGUUGCUCACCAUCGAACCCGAGAAGCGCUGCGCCGUCAAGGAGGUGUUCUACUUCGUGAAGUACGAGCUGAUGAGCGAGCUGCGCCGCCGGCCCUCCUGCAGGGGCAAGAGAACAGAGAGGGGCUCCUGUAACAACGCGGCGUCUCGAUCGGGCCACAGACACCCCGAGACCUCCUCCGGCCAGGCCUCCAGCACCUGCCUCCGCCCGGCCCCCCUCAAACGCAGCGUCCUCCCUGACCCCGGCCUGCACCCCUCACCUGGGCGCCAGGAGAAGGGCAAAGGUCAAAUGGUGAUGGCAACCGCCAUAGAGAUUUGUGUCUGAAUCCGCGUGAGGGAUGUUGUCCGUGCGCCAUCACAGCCAGCCAGGAGGCUUGUCCCCCAGGGCAAGAAGCUAAGGUUCCUGCUCUGCGGGCCUCCCACAUUCUUUCUUCUUCGCUGUGAGUAGUAGGAAAACUGCUGAAUAGCCGUCCCUCAAGAAGCACCUGCUGGAGAACGGAGAAGAGAAUCUUUAGACAAGUAUACUUCUGAAUCACCUGCUUUGCUGUAGUUUUCCACUCAACCAGAAGCAGAUUUGUGGGGACUCAAGACUUUAACUUAAAAACUUAAGCGUAUUCAUCAUAUUGAACUCAUGGCAGCACCUGCUAGCUCUGUGCUGUCUUCUUUAAGACGUACUGUGAAAUCUAGUCAUCUAGACACAGGGAUCCAUAGGAUCCUUUACACAUUGUCCAUCACGGUCCGAGUUCUAAGAGUUAUGUUUAUUGAAUAGUGAAGAAACAUCUGAUUAUUAGAAUGGGAUUUUCCUUUUCAGCCAGGAGCAGCUUCGAGAAUGGGCAUUUCACUUGCUGUCAUCUCUGUCCUCUGGGUUCAGUCGUCGUUUUAUCUCCCUUGCUGUUCUUCUCCUGCACUCCAGGGUAAUCUCCAUUUCGCACGUUCAGCUCACUGAAACCACUCACUGGCUUCACGAACCAAACUACAGAAGACCUUGUGAGUCUGCAUUCACCUCGAUGUUGUAUCCAGAGGCCUGGGCGUGUACUGGGUAGGUUUUUUCUAAUGUACCUGCUCCAGGAAAGGCCAAUGAUUGGAGGGACAUGCUGGCUUCUGCAAACAUCAUGGCUUGGCCAAACUCUAAUUUCUCUGCUUGACCAAGAUUCCCAAAUUUUCCAUGGGAAAAAAAACUGUUAAAAUGUGUCAACACAGAAGUGUUGAGAUUGGUCUAAGGAGCACAAUGUAGCAACUCCUGACGUUAUUCUUCUGGCUCCAGUUUUUAUCAUGAAGUGUCUUAAGAGUGCCGAGGCUCCUGGACCAAGGCGAUUUGCACGCUGCUCUGUGACUGUGUCUCACUCUCAGGACUGCCCUGGACAACUGAAGUCUUCUGUUUUCUGAAGGUCAUAACUUAUUAAUUCAUUAGUCUGUCUUACAAAAUCAUAGCUGGGAUUUAGGAUGAUUUAAAACAGAUUUCAGAGAUAUUUAAGCCCAUCCCUUCGACACAGAAGAACUCUUGGUUUUAAAGACUGGGAAUGUGGCUCCUGUGGCUAGACUGCUCUCCUAAUGUACUUGUGUGUCAUUGAGCCCCAGUUCUCCUUUCCUGUAUUGCUCCCCAGUCUAUCGUAGGGCUGAGGUGACAGCUCUGUGCAGGUUCACACAGAUAAAGUGUGUCUUUACUGGAGAAAAAGAGGCAAUAAAAUGAGGUUUAACAUC